AUGGGUGAAACUGUCCUACCUGCCGUCGAAGAGACUGCUCCUCAGGAAAUUGAACCCCGUACAGGUGGUUCAAAUGGGCUAAAUACUACGAAUCGACCAGGGCAACUCCAGCCAAACCCAAGCGAUGGCGCUACUCCGUCCCCGCUCCAUGCACCGCACACCCUCACCUUCGAAGAAGUUGCAGAGGAACUGCGCGUGGACAUCAACCAUGGACUCAGCACUACUGAAGCUGAAUCUCGCCUCCAGCUCUAUGGACCUAACAAGGUCAAAGGAGCUGAAGGGUUAUCUAUGUGGAAGAUUCUCAUGAGACAGAUAUCGAACAGUCUCACCUUCGUUCUCAUCAUCGUCAUGGCCAUCAGUUUUGGUAUCGACGACUACAUUGAAGGCGGUGUCGUCACUGCCGUCAUUUGUCUGAACAUCGUUGUCGGAUUCUGGCAGGACUACCGUGCUGAGAAGACCAUCGAGUCUCUCAAAAAGCUCACUGCUCCUGAAGCAACUGUCACUCGUGAUGGUACUACGGACGUUAAGGUUAAGGCUGUGGAUCUUGUUCCUGGCGACAUUGUUCAGUUGAGUGUUGGCAGCAUUGUGCCCGCCGACAUUCGUCUGAUCGAUGGUGUCAACGCCUUCACCAACGAAGCUUUUCUCACAGGAGAAUCCAUUCCCGUAGAGAAGACACCGCUCAAGGUAUUCGACGACUUCGACCUUGCCACCGGCGACCGGACCAACCUUGCGUUUUCAGGCAGCGAGAUGACAUCUGGAAGAUGCCGUGGUAUCGUCGUCGCCACAGCCAUGGAGACUGAAGUAGGAAAGAUUGCCACCAUGCUUCGGCAAAAGAAAGACGACGCCCCGGAAUCUCUGAGCUUUUUCGGGAGACUAUGGAGGAGGUUUGUUCGUGGCCUGAGGACCAUCCUAGGUCUUGUGGGAACUCCUCUUCAGAUUACUUUGAGCAAGUUUGCUCUCUUGUUGUUUGGCCUUGCCAUCCUCCUCGCCAUCAUUGUCUUUUCCGCAAGCAAAUGGCAGGUCGGUGGCGAGGUUCUCAUCUAUGGCAUCUGUGUGGCGGUUGCGGUCAUCCCCGAAUCGCUCAUUGCGGUUCUCACAAUCACCAUCGCCGUUGGCGGCAAAGCAAUGGCCAAAGCCAAUGUCAUCACCAGGGUUCAGUCCGCGAUCGAAGCUGUGGGUGGCGUCACCAACAUCUGCUCUGAUAAGACUGGUACCCUUACCCAAGGUCGAAUGGUCACCCGUAAAGCUCUCAUACAAGGGGUCGGGACCAUCGCUGUCGACGCUAUCACUGAUCCUUUCGAUCCCAGAAGCGGCCGGGUCACCCUCGACGACGAGCGUCUGGGCCUAGACCAGUACCAACCAAGCACUACCCUUGCUCGCUUCCUGCGUACAAUUGCUCUUUGCAACAACUCCAAGGUCCAAACGCCAUCUGAGAUGAGCAUUGAAACAUCAAACGAGAAGAGCGACAAUGCAGAUCGCAGCAUCAGUGAUGAUGAUCCCGACACAGAUGCAUCCACGAUACAAUCUGCGACCCUCUCUUCCGCUCCAGGGCAGGCAGCUGGCACUUGGAAGGCUCACGGCGAACCAACCGAGAUCGCAUUGCACGUUCUUGCGUCACGUUUUGGCAUGGGUAAAGAGGAUAUACUGAGGUCCUCGAACAUCUCUCUCGCCACAGAGUUCUCCUUCGACUCGACAGUCAAGAAGAUGACAGUCGUCUACAAGGAUAACCAUUCUGGCAAUAUGGAUGUCUACACCAAAGGUGCUACCGAGUUCAUGCUUCCGGUACUCAACGUUUCCGAACAAAAAAGGGACGAGAUUAUGCAAGCGGCUGAGUCUAUGGCUAAUGAAGGUUUGCGUGUUCUCUGUGUCGCUCAUAAGGCACUGUCACCUGGCACAAACAUUCAAGAACGUGCCUCGGUUGAAGAUGACUUGGAUUACAUCGGCCUUGUCGCCAUCUAUGACCCACCUCGCCUGGGGACCAAGGGUGCUGUUCGCGAAUGCAAGGUCGCCGGUAUUACUGUCCAUAUGCUCACUGGCGACCACCCUGGUACUGCGCGAGCUAUCGCCAAAGACGUUGAUAUCAUCGACGAUGAUACUCCAGCCUCGGCCGUCAUGAUCGCAAGAGAUUUCGAUCAGAUGACAGAUGAACAGAUUGACAACAUGGAAACCCUGCCCCUGGUCAUUGCCAGGUGUAGCCCAAAGACUAAGGUCAAGAUGGUACAGGCUCUGCACAGGAGGCAACGCUUCUGUGUUAUGACUGGCGAUGGUGUUAACGACUCUCCGGCCCUCAAGCAAGCCAACGUUGGUAUGGCUAUGGGCACUGGAAGCGAUGUUGCCAAAGACGCCGCUGAGAUGGUCCUCACUGACGACAACUUCGCCUCAAUUGUAAAGGCAGUUGAAGAAGGUCGACGCUUGUUUGACAAUAUUCAGAAGUUCUUGAUGCACCUCCUCAUCUCCAACAUCGCCCAGGUGAUCCUCCUUCUAAUCGGCCUAGCCUUCAAAGACAACGACAACCACUCCGUCUUCCCACUCUCUCCUAUUGAGAUUCUCUGGGUCAACCUCAUCACCUCUUCCUUCCUCGCUAUUGGGCUGGGUCUCGAGGAGUCGCAAACAGACAGCAUGCUGCGCCCCCCACGCGACGUCAAAGCCGGCGUCUUCUCCAAGGAGCUCAUCACAGACAAGUUCAUCUACGGUUUCUUCAUGGGCGCCUUGUGUCUAUUCUCCUUCGCCAUUGUCGCCUACGUCGGCCCCGGCGGCGGGAACCUGGGCUCCGGAUGCAACGAAGCAUUCAACGACACAUGUGACGUUGUAUUCCGCGCCCGCGCCACAACCUACUGCACCAUCACGCUGCUGCUCCUCGUCACGGCAUGGGAAGUCAAGCACUUCGCUCGCUCGCUGUUCAACAUGUAUCCGCACACGGACAUGGGCGUGCCGCGCGGCCUGUCGGUGUUUCCGACGCUCUGGCGCAAUCGCUUCCUCUUCUUCGCUGUCAUCGCGGGACUGGUCACUAUGUUUCCUAUCGUUUAUAUCCCUGUUAUCAACGAGAAGGUGUUCAAGCAUGGCACGAUUACGUGGGAGUGGGGGGUUAGCUUCGGAUGUGUGGUUAUCUACAUCUCCGCCAUCGAGACGUGGAAGAUGAUCAAGCGGAGGUGUGGGAUCUGGAGUGGUGCGCACAAAGUCGUUAGUCGCGAGGAUGCUGAGGCUAGGGCGGGGUUGGACGUUGGCGGUGUGAGGGAGAAGAAGAGGUAA